AUGAUCUCUUUUCUAUUCUCUCUCACUGUUUCCUAUGAUGUAAAUUCUUCCACAACAUGCAGACUGUCUAAUUGCGUCUUAGAUUUCGAAGAUCUUAACGAUUCUCAAGGAAAUUUAAGUCAAGUUUCAAUUUUCUUUUCUGAUGCAAACGUUGAUAUUAAAAAUUUGCCAACAAACCUCACAUUGGGUCUUGGAGGCGAUUCUUUACUCGUAAUUAAUCGAAAAACAAAUACAGGGUUUAAAAUCAUUCCAAAUCUUAAUAUUCAGUUUAAACUAAACUUAACAAAGCCAUCAUACAUUAACAUUUAUGGAAAACUCCUAUCAAACGCGUUAACAACAAUCUCAUUAACAAUUAAGUGCUAUGAUGAAGCAACUGUUGUAUUUUCUCCAACUACAUGGGUUCGCAAUAUGUUCUUCAUUAUUAAUUUUUAUUCAAACUUGAAAAUCAUUUCGAAAUGUCAAGAACCUCCAGUUUCAAUCAAUAGAUACAACAAUUCAAAUUUAUUAUUACAAUCCGAAGUACUUAACUUGAAUAUUCACAGAGGAAUUCGAGUUAUUGGCGAUUUGAUUGUUUCAUGCACUCUUCCUCAGUCAAAAGUCUUAAUUAGUGAUGUGACUUUCAGAGACAACUCAGUAAAAUUUGUUUCUACCGCAAAAACGUUCUUAAUUCGACGUUUUCAUUUAGAAGAUGUGAUAGUUAACGCAAAGAAGGUCAAAUUGCAAGUUUUGGACUUCUUACGAAUAUCAGAUUCGUCUAAGCUGAUUGUUCAGUCUAUUGAUGCAACAAAUAUCGCUUUUGUCUACGAUUCAACUAAUUUACCACGAAUUGUUUCAGACAGCAUCACAUACAAGAACAUAUAUGUUAAAGUAUUAAGUAGCGUAGCGAAUAUUAGAACAGAUAUAUUCCAAUCAAAAGAAAAAGUUGAUUUUUCAGUUCCUACUUUAUCUGUUUACGAUAAGAGCAAUACCUACCUCCAUUUCGAAGUUUUCAAUAAUGAUGCAACGUACGGAUUGAUAAUUUACAACCAAAUUACUGAUUUUUAUAGAAAAAUUUAUUUGACUGAAGGAGAAUGCUCCCAGCAAUCAAACAUGCGCUGCUCAUCACUCCUACACCUCAAUAACGUCCUAGAAAACGUCAGAACUGCUAUGUCGCCGCUGACAAUUUUCAUUGCAGACAAAUACGAAGAAAUUGUGAACUUUACAAUUAAUGACAAGGUUGCAGAUUCAAUCAACAUCACGUUUCUGAACAAAAACUACAAACCAAAGGUAAAUUUGACAAUUUCAUGCGAAAUCACGUCUCUGCUGAUGAAUGGAAUAGAAAUAGUGGCCUUGAAGAACAACAAACUCAUUAAAAACAUUUAUGGCACAAACUGUUCGUUCAGAAAUGGAAUUUCGUUGAAUUCUUCCUAUAUCAGCUUAAUUGACCCUGAAAUUGAGGGUGAUUUGUACUUAAACAGCAGCCACGCUAUCAAGCUGAAAUAUUACGAUACUAAGAAUCUAACACUUUUCUUAAAUGACGAAAAUUUAAUUUUAUAUCAAAAUAAUUUGAAGUCAACAAUCAAUUUGAGCGAUCAUAAUUACGAAGAAGUUGACAUAUAUUGCGAUGACUACUCAGUUGUUGCAAACAGAACAGAUAUGAACUCGAUUUUGCUUGGAGGAAAUUUCUCUUUCUCAAGUCUGAAAGAUUAUAACAUCCUUAACUGCGUAGAACCAUCUGUAGCCACUUUCAGUCCGAAUGAAGUCGUGAGAAACUUAAAUUUGUACGGAACUGCAAAAUUUUAUUCAAAAAAUUCUGUUUCUGACCAAUCAAACAUCACUUUUCGGAGCCAGAACGCACACAUUGAGUUCUACGAGAACGAUUCAAAGCCAGUUGGCCCGAACGAGCUUUUCCUUGAAAAUCCAUCGAAUUACGACUCAGAUUACGUCGAAAUUCAACCGAAAAUUUUGAAUUUGUCAUCAAAUACUGCAUCCAGAACUGUUUUACCAUAUAUGUCUUCGAUCAAAGCGAGAUAUUUGCGAAUUCACGAUCCCUCGUUUGUUUUAGGUCAUGUGUUUGAAGGUGUCGAGGAAAUAGAUGUUGAUUACUCCAUAUUUGCGAUUGGGUACCUUUCCUGCUCUAGAAUUGUUCCUUUUGACGAAAAAAAGAAGAUCAGGUUUAAUUUUGUGAAUGAAAAUCAGAACGACCAGUUCUUUUACGAUGACGAUUGGUCACUGUUCGAAAUAAGCGUGGUCUGUUUCAAAGAUCCGAACUACAAACUGAAUAUUUCGAAUUUCGAGUUCAAAUUCAAGAGUAUUCACUGGAAUUUCGAAGGAAACAGGUCAAUAUUCGAAGCAUCAGCAAGAGAUAACUGCAUUGUGCUCAAACACUCCGAAAACGGAGGAAAAAUUCCAGAUAAUCCGAAACAGAAAAAGAAAUACAUGGUUUACGUAAUUGUUGGGGUGUCUCUGUUUGUUGUUUUGGUUAUUUCGGCCACUAUAAUGUAUUUCGUGUGGAGAAAGGCAAGGAAAAACAGAAUUGAAUCUUUUAUCUCGGAUACACUCUCUUCAACCCUUAUUUAA